AAGGUGAGAGGCGGGAGGGGUGGGAGCAGAGGUCCCUGGUCCAGUCAGGGGACAGCGUCCCUGAGACCGUGAGUCAGGGAAGAGGACGGAGACCAGGGCUGGAAGGUGGAGAGGUGCCCGGGGGACCCAAGGAGCCAGGAGCUGGGGAGGAAGCUGCAAAGUAUGAAGAAGGGGACAGGGUCCGAGCAGGACCUGCGUGGGUGGCAGUAGCAGAGGUCUGGGGUUUGGCAGUUGGCACCUUGCUGCCUGGAGGGCAUGGGAGGGGGCCGGCGCUUGAGUGAAAUAAGUCAGAGGAGCACAGAGCUAAGAUAAGAGGGUGAAAACAAAAAGCCGAGAGGCUAGGCACUUGCUCCACGAGGGCUGUGAGCCGGGGUUGGCCCGAUGCAGCCUAUAGAGAAAGGCCCGGUGGAUACUGAUUCCAGAGGCCCGAGACCGGGUGGAAGAUUUUAGAACCAGUAAAGAGUGACCGCAUAGACGGGUUAGAGGGAGAAGAGGCGCGGUCGCGCUGGGUAUCUCCCUUUCUGCACUCAGGGCCGCCAACUCUGAGCCCGGCACCGUGCGGCCCACGUGUCUGGGCGCAAAGAGGGUCCCCAAAGUUCUCCACUGAGACAGAGAAAGACUGCACGAGACGGAGACAUAGAGAGAAAAGAGGAGGAGGAGAAGGAGACACUGAGAGGGGAGGAGGGAGGAGAAUGCAGAAGACCCGGGAGAGAGAGGAGGCGAGCUACAGAAAUUGAUCCUAGGGGCGUUGGGGAGAGGGGCGUGGAGAGGGUUCGAAUGGGCCGGGCCCUAGGCUCUCCGGGGUCUUGGGGAAGGAUGGAGGCGGGACUAUCCCAGCGGCGGGAUCCGGACGCCAGCGCGGCCGCGCUGAGUCUCGGUCGGGUCGGCCCGCUCUCCCUUUCCUGCUGAUCGCAGAUGCUAAAGCCGCUAGUGGAGAAGCGGCGCCGGGACCGCAUCAACCGCAGCCUGGAAGAGCUGAGGCUGCUGCUGCUGGAGCGGACCCGGGACCAGAACCUCCGGAACCCGAAGCUGGAGAAAGCAGAGAUACUGGAAUUCGCCGUGGGCUACUUGAGGGAGCGAAGCCGGGUGGAGCCCCCGGGGGUUCCCCGGUCCCCAGCCCAGGACGCCGAGGCGCUCGCCAGCUGCUACUUGUCCGGCUUCCGCGAGUGCCUGCUUCGCCUGGCGGCCUUCGCGCACGACGCCAGCCCGGCCGCCCGCGCCCAGCUCUUCUCCGCGCUGCAUGGCUACCUGCGCCCCAAGCCGCCCCGGCCGGAACCGGUAGAUCCGAGGCCCCAAGCGCCGCGCCCACCGCUGGACCCCGCCGCCCCGGCGCCUGGCCCCGCGCUGCACCAGCGCCCCCCAGUGCACCAGGGCUCCCCUAGCCCGCGCUGCGCUUGGUCCCCGUCCCCCUGCUCCCCCCGCGCCAGGGAUUUCGGCGCGCCGGAGCCCCUCACCGGACUGCUGCCGCCGCCGCCGCCGCCUCACAGACAAGACGGGGCGCCCAAGGCCCCGCCGCCCCCGCCGCCCGCUGUCUGGAGACCUUGGCCCUGAGCUUUGG